AUGGCAAAAAUUUUCGCUCAAACUGUAUUUGUUCUUUUGGCUGUUGCCUUAACAUUCAGCAAAUCGAGCAGCACCUUUGCAACCCCAAUUAAAGCGCGUCAUUUUUUGCAGGGUUUUAAACCAGUCAUUUUUACCAAUAUUCUCGAUGAAAAUACUGCCACCACUGAAGCGGCUACGACGAAUUUAUUAGAGGUCGAAGCAGCCAAUACAGCCCAAACUGCUGCAGCUUUCGAUCACGAAAAAGCUGAUACAUCAUUGAUCACAACAAAACGACACUUUUUGCAUGGGUUUAAACCUGUCUUUUUUACUAAUAUUCUCGAUGAAAAUACUGCCACCACUGAAGCGGCUACGACAAAUUUACUAGAGAUCGAAGCAGCCAAUACAGCCCAAACUGCUGCGGCUUUCGAUCACGAAACUGCUGAUACAAAAUUUUUUCAACUAUAG